AUGCUGAAAUAUCUAAAGAUCCUCAUGGUUGUGCUGUCAGUAGCAGCCACUGGCUUCAUAUGCAGAACUGCUCUUGAACAGGAAACUACAGAAAUCAUGGAAUUUCUCCUUUCUACUGUAAAACUGCCAAACGUUGUUCUAAGCCAAGGUAAUGGAAUCUUACUCAUGGAGACCACUGACAGAAUGCAACCACCAUCCUUGGUCUUGUGUGCUAUUGAGUCAGCAGCUCGUGUCUACCCUGACAGACCUGUGGUCUACUUUAUGAAAGGACUGGGUGACAUAAACACAGAGGAGGAUGAGAUCAGGACUCGGAAACAGUUUCCAACGCUCGCAUCGUUUGCUAAUGUCUACUUCUUCCCUCUGAGAAUGGAGGAAUUAUUUACUGACACACCUUUUCUGCCGUGGUUUAAAAAGGUGAACCCUAAGAAAGAACGUUACUGGACGCAUGUUAGCUCAGAUGCCUGCAGGUUUGCCCUGAUAUGGAAAUAUGGUGGCAUUUACAUGGAUACUGAUGUUAUUUCCAUUCGGCCCAUUCCUAAAGAUCAUUUUGUAGCUGCUCAAAGCAUCGACAUUACCAGCAGUAGUGUUUUUGGGCUCUCUGCGUGUAAUAACGUGACAUGGGAGUUCAUGGAAAACUUUGUUCAGAAUUACAGAGGCAGCAAAUGGGGACACCAAGGACCAGGAGUCUUCACACGUGUCAUGAAAAGGAUGUGUGGGAUUCAAGUAUUUACAUCUACUUAUGAUGUCAUGUGUGCAAAUAUUAACUACCUUCGCCCUGAACGCUUUUAUCCUAUCUUGUAUCAAUCUUGGGAAAAGUAUUUUGAGAUGUGGAAUUAUUUGCCAACCUUUCCUAAUUCUUACGCCUUGCAUCUCUGGAACUAUAUGAACAGUGAAGGUAAAACCAUGGUACCUGGGAGUAACACACUUGUGGAACAUAUCUAUCAACAGCACUGUCCAUCCACCUAUAGAGCAGUUCUGAGGAAUGAAAGAACUCACCUGUAGCCAGGAUUAUUC